AUGGACGAGUGGGACGAGGCGAAGAUGUCCUGGUGCUGCAGGCACCAGCAGGUCGGUUGCACCACGAACACGACCACCGCCACGAGCACCACAACCACGGCCACACCAACCACGACGACAAGAACGGUGACGACCACAACAACUACGACCUCUGCGACCACCACCUCAACAACCAGCACUGGCACUAUCACGACGACAACCGUUACCGUCACGACGACUACAACGUCAACUUCGAGCACAACGACGACGCUCCCUGCGUUCGAUUGCCAGAUAGGCUUCGAGGAUUUGGAGGAUAGCUGGUCCGACAGGAAGAAGGACUGGUGCUGCAACCACGGCCACGUGCAGUGCCCGGCGGAAGUGCUGCUGGCGUUGGCGCCUGCGCUGACGGGGCAGCCGUACAAGUGUCACAAGGGCACGCCGAAGCCCAACAUGACCUGGGACUGGGAGACCGGCUGGGUCCUCGCAGGUGACACCAGAACGUACGAGUGCGACCAGGAUUUGGAGAAGUGGGCGACGGCAUGGUCGGACAGCAAGAAGGAGUACUGCUGCAAGGAGGAGCUCAAGUGGUGCCCGAAGGGGUUCCGGCGGGAGCUGGGCUGGACGGACGCCAAGACGGAGUGGUGCUGCAACAACGAGAACCUAGGGUGCGAGUUCACCACGAGCCCCGGCCCGACCACGUCGGCGCCAGGGCCCACGCCGCCGCCGGCCACCACCGAG